GGAUCAGCGGUGUGCGGCUCUCCGUCCCUGGCGUCACCGAGCGGCCGCCCUUCUCGCCUCGUGUGGGUCCUUGAGCUGCUCACCGCUCGCCGACGAGUAGCCGCCCCUCGUCUGGUGUCGGCCGAGGAAGGUCAGGUGGCGGCGACGGGGAAAGAGGGAGCGAGAUGCCGCACCGAGCGCGGCCGAUGACGGGGCUGCUGGUGUUCAUGGGCAUCAACCUCGUCCUCGUCAACACCAUCUCCCCCGUCUACGACUUCGUCUGCUUCCACCCCUACUGGGAACGAAGGAGAGAACGCCACCGAAGGGAACGUGAAGCUGUGCUACUGAAGGGGUCUGUAGAAUCUACUAAUUGAACUCUCCUAGGAUGAAUGAGAAGAAUAGAUGACAUGAGUAGUCUGAAAAUGCACUUUCUGAUCUACCGUCGUAUUCUUCUGCAUCUAGCAGCACUACAUCAAAAUUUCUGUUCGGUUCAAGACUUCUGGAGCUGAAAGCAUGCAUUGACGCUCAAUAGCACAAUGUACAGAGCCAUUCAUGAACUGAAUCGAAAAAGUAACUCCAUUGCAUUUGUAUACAGUUGUGCAAAUUUGCUUGUUUGAGCUGCUAUACACAAUACACACUUGCUGCUUCACUAUAGGACUAUGUCUCGCCUCUUCUUGUUGUUCAGUGGCUCAGCACCAGCUGUCCCUUUCCUCAUCAUUGCCACAAACUCUGAAUAAUCUAUCCUUCCAUCCUACA